AUGAGGGGCGGGGCUGGAGGACUGACCCUCAUGCCCAGCUCCGCCCCCUCCUGCUCGGUGACCAUCCAAUCCCCGGACAGAGAGUAUCACAGGAUCGACACGGCCAGAACCUGGGCUGAAGCCCAGGACCACUGCCGCAGUCACUACACGGAUCUCGUGAGCAUCCGGAGCCCAGAGGAGAAGAGCCUCAUUGAUCCCCUGUUUGUUGGCGGUCAGUGGGUCUGGAUCGGGCUGUACAAUAAUGACCAGACUGAGGUCGGCUGGAAAUGGUCAAGUGGAGACAACGUCAACUAUACUCACUGGGGACAUAGGGACCCGAAUGAUUACAUGUCCGGAUCAGUCUGUGUCACUGUGCGCAACAGUGGAGAUGGUGAUGGUGUUUGGAUUGACACUGAAUGCCAUCACAAACACCAUUUCGUCUGUUUCACAGAGAGAAAGACACCAACAACAGCUCCGUCCACUGCCGCUCCUGAAACCGCCCCAUCCACAGCCGCCAGAGACACCUUCACCCCAUCACAGAGCCCAGCGACCGAGCCCACCUCCCGCUCAGAGCCAGAUCCACACACCCUUCACCAGAGCUCGGACUCUCCUCCUCCACCUUCCAGCUCCCCUCCUCCCAGCACUGAAGCACCUAAAGUGAGUCAUGAGGCCAUCUUUACCGGGACCCCCAGUGUGACAGAUCCACAGCCAUCGGUGACUCCCAGCCAGACACCCGCGUCUCGUCCCGACACCCCAAGUCCCCACUCAGCAGAUACAUCUCAUUGGACAACACAGGAACCCUCCACUGUUGACCAUCCUUCCAAGGAAACCACACCAACAGCUCCGUCCUCUGCAGCUCCUGAAACCACCCGAUCCACAGCCGCCAGAGACACCUUCACCCCAUCACAGAGCCCAGCGACCGAGCCCACCUCCCGCUCAGAGCCAGAUCCACACACCCUUCACCAGAGCUCGGACUCUCCUCCUCCUCCUCCCAGCACUGAAGCACCUAAAGUGGAGAUUCCCGGGAACAGCACUAUCACAG